AUGGCAGGGAUGCUACCAGGAGUAGAAGCAGCAAGAAGAAGGAGAGUUCAUCAAAGCAGUAGCAUUAAUAAUAGCAAUUGUUCAUCUCCUUCCUCGAGACGCCUUUCUUUCUCUCUCUUCUCCACAAAUACCUCUACUUUCUUGGGGCAUACGACAAGGAGCAGAACAUCCUAUGAAGAUGAUGAUGAACACGAAGAUGAUCCAAAGUUAGGAGCUUUGGCUAGAGAAGCCAAGGUCAGACUUGAUGCCAAACUCAGAUCAACACCCUUCAAAUCUACCAGGAAUAAUAACUGUGAAGAGAGAAUAGGAAGAUUCCAGAACAAUGAAAAUGAAGUGACAAGAAAGAAAAAGAAGAAGAAUGGAAAGUUUAGUUGGAACUGGAAAUCAGGGGAUCAAUUACAAGAUAAAGAAUGUGCAGUUCAGGAUCCAACACCUUUAAACUUCAUUUUUGUCACUCUUUCUAUCGGCUUGCUUAUUACCAACUAG